UAAAAAACCUUGAAAUGGCAUCAGACCAGUGUUAUUUUGAAACGUCAUCGAAGUCAUGGCGCUACGAAUUGCUCUCCUGCUGUUUUUUCUUGCUGAGGGGUUUUGCUACCCUGAAGAAGAAAACCACUCGGACCCAGAUCUUUUUCAAAGCGAUAUGCGCCUGACUCCGAUGCAAAGGAUGCUGGCUGAAUCCGGUGGUGAUGUGAGCCUAGCAAAAUAUCUCCAGGAAAAUGCGUUUGCAAGUGCUAAGGAUUAUGGAAUUCUGUGGCUCCCAGAAAAGGUUGUUCCAUAUACGAUUUCGAAGGAGUUAGCUGCCAAUGCCGAAGCAACUCUUGGUAUGAUGUUGGCAUUCCACGAAUGGGAAAGCCACACAUGUCUUCGAUUUGUGGAGAGGACUGUCGAGAAAGACUACAUCGAAUUUUUCAUGAACUGCUCAGGGUGCUGGUCAUACGUCGGUCGUCAGCGAGGCAAGCAGAAUAUAUGCCUUUCCGAUGGUUGUUGGGGAAAGGGAACAGUAAUUCACGAAAUAGCGCAUGCUAUGGGUUUCUGGCAUGAACAGUCGAGACCGGACAGGGAUGACUUCAUCAGGGUUGUAUGGUCCAACAUUCCGGAAAGAAAAAAGCACAAUUUCAGGAAGCACGAUAACUCGGAGGUUGACAGCCUCAACACGACGUAUGACUAUAGGUCUGUAAUGCAGUACUCAAAAACAGCCUUUGGCAUCAAUGGGUCAGUUACAAUGGAUCCUAUACAAAGUGGUGUAUUUCAGCUGGGACAAAGAGUUGGGUUCACAAAAACUGAUUCGUACCAAGCGAAUACGCUUUACCGAUGCAACGGAACAACUACUCGUCCAAAAGUUUUGCCAAAGAAGAUCAUCUUACCAGGAAACAUGAACUGUGGUUUUGACGAUGGUUUAAGAAACUGCAUUCUUGAGCAAGACAAAUCCGACGAUUUCGACUUUUCUUUGAGGAUCGGAUCGACACCGAGUUGGUACACUGGACCAGAUGUUGACCAUACUACAGGAAGAAUGGGGGCAUAUGCAUACAUCGAGGCAUCUUCCCCCCGUGUUAGAGGAGAUGUAGCUCGUCUUUUGACAAGGACUAUUUCAUCAGUGAGCACAACAUGUCUCACUUUCUUCUACCAUAUGAUGGCCUACAAGAGCUACCAUAUGGGAACAUUUAACGUUUACAUAGAAGAGGAUGCCAGAAAAACGCUGCUCUUCUCCAAGACUGGUCCCGUUGGAAGUCAAUGGAACAGACAAAGCCUAACACUGAGACCAAAGAAGGAAUACAAGAUCGUAUUCGAAGCUAUACGCGGAGGUGGUUACCAAGGAGAUAUUGCACUAGAUGAUGUUUAUUUCAUGCCUGGUGAAUGCAAAUCCGUAGUCCCUCCGAUUCCAACAAGUCCGCCAGAGCCAUGCACUGAUGCUGCUGGAACGGAAGCCCAGUACUGCGCCGAGUGGAAAGCAGCAGGAUUUUGUUCUCGACGCAGAAAAGACAUGGAAAUGUUUUGCCGAAAGUCUUGCUCUUUCUGCAGCUAAAGACGAUAUUCCAUCAUCAUGUAACUAACAUGAAGUAUUUUGAUGCUAUUAAGAUACACAAAAAUGGUUUUUCUUA